GACCUCAGGUGAUCUGCCUGCCUCGUCCUCUCAAAGAUUACAGGUGUGAGCCACCGUGCCCAGCCUCUUGCUAUAUUUAAAUAAUGUGGUGGCUUUAUUUAGUAGAAACUCCAUCUCUACUAAAAAAAGAAACAGGCCAGCGGCAACCCUCGCCUCGCCUGCAGACACCAGAUUGGGCAGAACAGCAUGCGGCACUCACAGCUCUUGCAGCGAGGGCAGAACCCAGUGUGGACCCUUCUGCCUGUGGGAGGGGCGGCUGAGGCCUGCGGAGAGGCCAGGCUGGAGGCUCUUCCCCUUGUCCAACCCUUGGUGUGGUCUCUGCCAGGUCCCCAGCCCACCAGUGCGGGGCGCCCCUGAGCCUGCUGCUGCCACGGGUCUGUCUCUACCCAGGACGUCCCCACACCCUCGCAGUGUCAGGGAAAUGGUCAUGGUGGCGGUGACACUCCCCAGGCAGGACUGUUGAGAGAAGCUGAGAAGGGUCACACUGCAGGCAGGAGUCCGUGUGACAAGCCCCUCUCAUCCCGAGAGAGCUGACCAGGCAGCUCAUGAGCAGAGCCACAUCCCCGGAGUUCGAGAAAGAUUCUGGCUGGGCUCAGCCUCCUCACUGGCCACAGGCAGCCUUUGUUGUGUGAGCCUUGCUCUCCUGGGGAGGCUGACGGCUGAUGUGGGCAUUGCUGAGAGUAACCUGUGGCCCAGUGGAUGUAGCCAGGUCUACUCAACCUGCACUUAGUACCCAAGUAGGACCCAGGCUGCACGCCCAUCUACAGCCCAGGGCAGGUCCCCUGUAAGCUGGCUGAGCUACUGAGGCCAAGGCGGGAGGUGGCUGACAACACCCAUGGCCCCAUGCGGAGAUGGUGGAAAGGCUGGACUCAGCAGCAACACUAAACCCCAAACCAAGCAGAAACCACCCGAGACUGAGGGGCUCGUGCCAGAGCGGUGGCCACAGAGUCAGAACAACCUCUCCCCAGUGGGCAUCGUCUCUCUCUGCCAAAGCAACAGCGGUCCGUGCCCCAACGAGACUGCCCCCCUCAGUGGAGUUACGGCUGCUGCUCCAGUGCUCACCGAUGCCCUCGGCGAAGUUGGGGUAGAACUCGUCAGUGAAGAGGAGCUCCGGCAGCUCACGGAAGUACAGCUUCAGCGUGCCUGCGAUGGCGUUCACGUCCAUCUCACUCAUCAUCACCGACACGUCCUUGUUAUCUGGAAAGAGCACGGAAAUGCAGCGGCCUCCUUCAGGAUCCCAAGUGAGUCUCCCACCAUCUCUGCCUCGGUUAAAGCACCGUCCCUGCCACGCUGACCGCUGUGCGGGUCCCUCCCAGACUUUGAGCAGCUCAUCUGACCCCUCCCAAGAGCUGUGCGUGGUUCUGAGUCUGCAGAGUUGAUGGGGGUGCGUGGGCAUUCCCAUUCCUCUCCCCUGCUUGUUCCGAGGUGACGGCCAGGAGGAGGCCAGCACAGCAGGACACAGCGCCUGUGUGGGAAUCGGGUGGCUCUGCCCUGUACGUAGCAACCACCCCUGCACCAGUGUCUUCUGAUGGCAGGAAGGCUGUGGAGAAUCUGGUUUCAGUGUUUGAACCGGUGUCUUCCUUUGGACCCAAUGGGCCACUGGUGCUUACGUCCUCACCACAGGCCAGGUCUAUCGUGGACCCCCAAAGGGAGCUGAAACUACCACAGGCCCUCCCAGGGUGCUGAGCAUUCUAGGGGUCCUGGUCAGGGUUGGUGGUGAGUGCUGCAAAGAAGGGUCUGCAGGCACAAAAUCCUGUUGCUUUGAAGAUGCUGGGAAGGACCCUCUGGGGCCUCUGUGUCCUCCUCUGGCAUUUGAGGCAGGUACGGGUCCUUCAAAGCCUGUGAGGGUUGGUGAGAUGGAGGCAGAAAUGCUGCAGCCCCAGUGUGAGCUGGGUCCCAUCAGUGUCCUCUGCCCGCCACAUCCUCACACAGGGCAGUGGACAGACCGCACUGAGUCCUGGGCUUCCACCUCCUGUCCACCCCCAAGGCAGGAAGGCCAAGGCCCCACAGAAGCCCCUGGUUCACCCCAGCAAGUGGCAUGAGUGGGUACGAUGGUGUAAAAACUGGCUUCUCUACAAGCUUUUUCUACAACUCUUGUUUUUCUAAAAAAAAAAUAAAACAGUAAAUGAAGAAAAGACGAAAAGAAAGAU